CGCCCAUGGCGCGGGAGAGGAUGAUGGGAGCCGCGGUCGCGCCCCGCCCCGCCCCCUGCGCGGCCCGCUGACCCGGGCGGGGGACGGCGUUGCGGGCGGCGGCCGCCGCCGGGGUGCCGCGUGCUGCUGAGGCGCCUGCGCGGCUGCCCUGAGGCGAAGCGGGCGAGCCAUGGCCGGGCUGCCGCUGCUGCUGCUGCUGCUGGGCCCGGGGCUGGGGGCGGCGGCGGACGGGGGGCGCCCGGGCGCGCUGGAGGAAGAGCUGGUGGCCGAGAAGGCGGCGGAAGCGAGCCACCGGCAGGACAGCGCCAACCUGCUGGUCUUUAUCCUGCUGCUCACCCUCACCAUCCUCACCAUCUGGCUCUUCAAGCACCGCCGCGCGCGCUUCCUGCACGAGUCCGGGCUGGCCAUGAUCUACGGGGUUCUGGUGGGGGUCAUCCUUCGCUAUGGUAUCCACAUUCCCAGUGAUAUCAACAAUGUGACCUUAAGCUGCCCGAUGCAAACGAGCCCUGCCACUUUGUUGGUCAACCUGAGUGGGAAGUUUUACGAGUACACCCUGAAGGGGGAAAUCAGUUCCCACGAACUCAAUAAUGUUCAGGAUAACGAGAUGCUGCGGAAGGUGACUUUUGAUCCUGAAGUGUUCUUCAAUAUCUUGCUCCCUCCAAUUAUAUUUUAUGCUGGAUAUAGCUUAAAAAGGCGGCACUUCUUCCGGAACCUUGGAUCCAUUUUAGCUUAUGCAUUUCUUGGAACGGCAAUUUCCUGUUUUGUGAUAGGAUCCAUCAUGUAUGGCUGUGUUGCGCUGAUGAAAGUGAUGGGACAGCUUGGAGGAGACUUCUAUUUUACUGACUGCCUGUUUUUUGGUGCCAUUGCCUCUGCUACUGAUCCUGUGACGGUCCUCGCCAUAUUCCAUGAACUUCAAGUGGAUGUUGAGCUCUACGCCCUGCUCUUCGGAGAGAGUGUCCUCAAUGAUGCAGUUGCCAUUGUGCUGUCUUCUUCGAUCGUUGCCUACCAGCCCGCAGGAGACAACAGCCACACUUUUGAUGUCACGGCCAUGUUCAAAUCCAUCGGGAUUUUCCUUGGGAUUUUCAGCGGAUCAUUUGCCAUGGGGGCUGCCACUGGUGUCGUCACUGCUGUCAUAUCCAAGUUUACUAAACUCCAUGAGUUCCACUUGCUGGAAACGGGCUUGUUUUUCCUGAUGUCCUGGAGUACGUUUCUGUUGGCUGAAGCAUGUGGUUUUACCGGAGUGGUGGCGGUUUUGUUCUGUGGCAUCACUCAAGCUCACUAUACUUACAACAACUUGUCCACGGAAUCACAGCACAGGACAAAGGAGUUGUUUGAGCUUCUCAACUUCUUGGCAGAGAAUUUCAUCUUCUCCUACAUGGGGCUGACGCUGUUCACCUUCCAGAACCACGUCUUUAACCCAACAUUUGUGGUUGGAGCUUUUCUGGCGGUGUUCUUGGGCAGAGCUGCAAACAUUUAUCCCCUCUCUUUCCUGCUUAACUUGGGGAGACGAAACAAGAUUGGGACAAACUUCCAGCACAUGAUGAUGUUUGCUGGCCUGCGGGGAGCCAUGGCAUUUGCCUUAGCCAUCCGGGACACAGCGACCUAUGCGCGGCAGGUGAUGUUCAGUACCACCCUGCUGAUUGUCUUUUUCACCGUCUGGGUGUUUGGUGGUGGGACCACUGCCAUGCUCUCGUGCCUGCACAUUCGGGUUGGUGUAGAUGCUGAUCAAGAGAAUGUGGGUGGGGCAGAAAACGAGGGACGAAGCACCAGAGCUGAGAGUGCCUGGCUGUUCCAAGUAUGGUACAACUUUGACCAUAACUAUUUAAAGCCUCUCUUGACACACAGCGGGCCCCCACUGACCACCACACUCCCCAGCUGCUGUGGGCCCAUUGCAAGGUGCUUGACGAGUCCACAGGCGUACGAGAAUCAAGAGCAGCUGAAGGAUGAUGAUUCGGAUCUGAUUUUGAACGAUGGGGACAUCAGUCUGACGUACGGGGAUUCCACCGUGAAUUCUGAUUCUCUGCCGUCGGGUGUCUCGAGACGAGUCGCUGGAAACGGCUCCGAGGACACGCUAGACCAAGAGCUUGGCUUUGGAGACCAUGAACUUGUCAUUCGGGGGACACGCCUAGUUCUUCCCAUAGAUGAUUCCGAGCCUCCUUCGGGUGUGGUUGAUAAUGCUCGCCAUGGCCCAGCGUAAGAUCGGUUUCUUGACACGACUGGUAGUCCAAGAAAGAGGGAAAAAAUAAUAAUACACAGAUGAUGGAGAAGAAAACCUGGCUAUCCACCACCCAAAAACCUACUGCAUGUCUCAGAACGUCUCAGCUGUAUAAAUACAAUUUAUUUAUAUGGUGUCAGGAGAAACAAUCGCUAUCUGUGCAAGGCAGUUCAUGGAGAGCGAGCUGUUAGUUUUGCACGCUUAACAACAACCAUGUGAAAGUGAUGAACGUGCCCUGAAUAGCAGCGGAACUGUUUUAGGAUGCAAUUGUGCUGUGACAGCCAUAGGGAAGUGAAGAGACUUGUAGGACAAAACAGCUUUGCAGCAGCCCUUCCAGUUGUAUAGAAUAAUUUUUUUUUGUUGGGUUUUCACCAUUCAGCGCCCAUUUCUCUGAUACCGGAAAAGGAAGGGGAUAAGAUUGAGGAGCAGGGAGCUUAGACUAGCUGGCCAAGCUGCAGUAGGGAAAAGAUCUGUGAGGCUGAAUAGGAUUGCUUGGAAUCUUCACAUUUUGUUUUGAAGAAGAUCCUUUGGAUGUUGGACAGAUCUGGAGGGAAUUGUCCAGAGGACAUGUCUUUAGCCGUUUGGAUCUCCACAUUUAAUGGAGAAAUAGGCAGAUGAGGGAUGGGAGUUGACUGCUGUGGACGUAGGAGGCUCUGACUUGCACAUUGCGUGUUAUCAGGAACAACUGGUAACCCUUCUUGGUUGUCCCCAGAGCAGGUCAGAAAGGCCAGAAGCGGUUCUGAAGAAGGUGGUUCUCUGGGGUUUGCUGACACUGAAGGUGGGUGUAUAUAAUCGUGUUCGUUUUGCUUUUUUAAUUUUUCUCUUGCCUUUCCCAUAGGAUUAGGGUGAGGUAACUGAAUUAUGGAGUACUCCAAACAGCCACCGUUUUGUUACUUUCGCAUAGAAGUAGCGCACUGUUGCCAGAGCAGGUUGGGGUACUAAGAAGCAGCCAAGUUAAGUUCUGAGCUUCUAGUCUAGCGGCUGUGCCCUUGCGGGGAGCAGAGUUUUUCUAACUGGUGUGUAUCUGCUCAAAAGACUAGCUGGAGUAGUAGCAUUUGGCACUGUUCAAAGGACACAGGUGGAGAUUUUAGAGACUGUCCAGGUUUUUUUUAAAAGGGAUAUAUUUCGGAACAUCCCUCCAUCGUGUAAAGUUGCACUGUUUGGUAACGCAUGUGUGUGUGUCUAAUGAAAAAAAAAAAGACUUCUGUCUUGCAUCGUUUACAGUUCAGUGAGAAAAGUGCUGAUAAAGGCCUCUUAUUUCUUGACAUAAGAGUUUUUUUUUUCUUGGCCUAUGGAAGAGCACUGAACAACCUGCUGAUUUACAUUCAGUUUAUUCAGAUUUUUCCUGUAACUUUUUGUUUAAAUGGUAUUGAGAAGUCAAGAACUUUCAUGCCACUUUUCCAGGUAUGCAUCACGGGCAGAGCUGCAGAAACAGCACAAUUGCUCUCUUAAGCAUAAAUCAUGCAAAGCCAAAUCUUAUUUUAGAAUUUUGGAAUAUUUUUAAUGUCCUAUUUUAUUCUAGUUACUAAUGGUUCUUACCUUUUAUCCUGUUUUAAAAAUGGGUUUCAUUCUGAUCACGGACCAUAAUAAUAAAGCUAUCAUUCUUUUAGACUAGCAUCAACUGCAAGUAGCAGUAUAGCUUCCCAUUGGCUCUACUUCAUUCAAUCUCCAGAGAAGUUUCUCAGCCUAGAAUAAGGGCUGUACGUCCACGUAUGCCCUCCUCUAGCUGAGGAGGAAAAACUUGCACAAAAAUUGUGCUGCCUUGGGUUUUAUGAAUGUGAUCAUUUCGCCCUAGAAACAGGCUGGGUAGCUGUAGAAAUCCUGCAUUUCAAUAUAUAAAGCGUAACUUUGUGCCUGUGGCUUUUUUCUGUUUGUUGAAAAGAAGAGCAGAUGAGAGCGGAUCGUUUUGGUGAGAUUUCUCCCCAGAACAGAACAGCUGAGCUGAACUCUCAUGCCUUGCCCUUUUAAACCUCUGAGAUUGGCCUUGCUUGACUUUUGCCCCAAAGUGAUUCUUCUCGUCCAGCAGUUAAGACGGGAGGGAGUUGAUCCUGUUUCAGCCAUGAAGACAGACUACCUUUUGUUUCCCAGAAGUUUGAGGCCUGAAUUAACCUUCCUUAGGUCUCCUUCAGAGCAGCGUUUUGGCGCAGCCCAGAAUUGUGGGUCUCUCCUCUUGGCUGCCUUCUGCUUGGAUCGCAGCCAAAUGCGUGUCCCACCCUUGUUUCUCAAGAGUAGUCCCAAUUUAGUGAUGCAGCUUGUCUGAGAAGCAUAAGGCUUCACUGCACAGGAAAAAAAGUCUUUCCUUCUCCCAGAUUUCGUUUGUUUGGUAACAUUAGGUUUUUUAUUUUGUCUCCUGCUAUGCAGGAUCUUCAUUACAUAUACGUGAGUGCACGUGUGCUUUUAUGUAAUGUCUGUAUCUUAGCGUCCAGUGUUAAAAUAGUAACACUGCUAUUGCUAAGAAGAAGAAUACGAGGAAUGUUACAUCACUUGCACAGUGAUAAUUCUUAGGGUUAAAGCCUUUCUAAACAACAGCUAAUGGUCUUGUGUAGCCUGAUCAGUCAUUCAGUUUGCAGCCCUCUGUAUCUGAAAAUGUGGAAUUUUGUCAAGGAAAUGUAUUUGUCUGUAAUAUUGGAUCGCUCUUCUGCUCUGUCUUCCCCAAACUGGAAGAUUGCAGACUCCUACCAGUUGAGCCUGUUUUUGUAAAUCAUGAUUAAGACGACUUGUGGUCCUCCAGGUGUUGCUGAACUGCAGUUCCCAGCAGCCUCAAAUGCCGUGGCCAAGAGUGAGGCAUGCUGGGAAUUACAGUUCACCAACAUCUACAAGGUUGAAGGUUGCCCCUCCUCUUGCAAGUACUUCAGCGAAACCUGUUCGAAGCCUUCCUUGCUUUUCGACUUGCCAGACCAAAAGUAGAACAAGAUCCCUUGCAAUUUUGGGUGGUGCAUCUGGAUCUGGUCUCUAUCAGUGUAUACAGAAUUGAACGUGGGGCUAACAAGCUGAGGAAGAUGCUAGAUCCCAAGGGAAUCGGUGUUCUGUCGGUUCAUGGCUUUGCUGCCUUAACUGGACUAGAGAGAGAAAUGUUCCCACACCCAGCCCCUUGGUUGUGCCUGCUUUUGUUCUCAGGAGCAGUUGCACAAUGUCAGAUCACUCCAUACGGUUGAGAGCUAUCUUACAAAUCGGUCAUUUAUUUAAAUCAGCAGCUUGCUAACGUGAAUGGUUGGGGAGAGGGGCCUUGUGAUGUAAACACUGGUUGCAGUGCGUUCUGGGUAGGAAUGUGGCAGAGACCUCUUGGUUUUACAAGGCAAGCCGAUGGUUCCUGGUGGGUCUGCUGGAGAGGACAUCCGGUGGCACAGCUUCUGGAGAGUUGUUCUCCUAAGGGGGACUCCUGAAUGCAUUGACGGCAUCUAACACUGUUCCUUUCCUGAGCUGUACAUUAAGAAUGUAGGGGUUCUUGCAGAGACCUUUUGGGGGAAACAGCCUCAUUUCCCAUCCUCAAACUGAGCACUCCCAUAAAACUGAAAUUCUGUAUUGGGGAUUUCUGUUUCUCAAUGUAUAAUAACACACCUCCUAUGUUUUUCGUGCAAGUUUGCUGUUAAGACAGAUGAACGACAACCACACCCCUGUAGCUCCAGAUUUCUAAUGCCCGUGAUAGUUUUUAACUGCUUAUUGAAUUAAUACUUAAUAUUGUUGAGGUAGAUCCCAGGUUUCAUGGCCGGUGAGUAAUAGAGAACCUUCUAACACUGGCACCGGUGACAGAUUCCCACUGUGGUUCCUCCAGGAUUAACCACGAUCUGCCAGAAAUAGAACAUGGUAUUGAGAAGUGUGCGUUCCUUUCUUUGAUACUGCAGCAAAGCAAUUCCUUGUGCCAUGUUCUUACGCAACCUCAAAAACAGCAGUGGGGACUUUACAAGCUUACGACUCCAGCCGUGGGUUUAAAACCGAUUUCCCUUGAAAUGAGCUGUCCUGUAAAUGAUUCAGUUUCUUCAUCAGCAAGGCUGUCCGUCGAAUUCUAGUGUUCUCUACUUCCUGUUGACUUGUCUCUUUUUAUGGUAUUAACUGCUGUAGUUGUGGCAUUCUUGUAAUUAUAUACUUAAGCAUAAUUGCACCUUUCUUUUUGGUUUAUGAUAACUAAAUCUUUUAUUGUUACUUGCACUGUGAAAGAAAUCAUGGGUCUAUAAAAAGUUUGUUUCUUUGAA